UGCCUGCAGCUGAAGGAAUCUCAGUUUGGGGAAGAACAAAGAAAUAUAAUAAUCUUUUUUGGAUUAUAGAUGGAAGAUGAGCUCUUACUGCUUAGUAAUAAUUAAAGAGUAAUUUAAAAAAAAAAAGGCUACGGAGUAAGAUGUGGAGACCACAGCUCCAUCGGUGGCAGAGUACAGAAAUGGGAGAGAUUUCUGAAACAGCUGAAGCGGAGGAGAAAGAAUAUAAACCGGAUCACAGAAUCCCGGAUGCUGAUAUUAAACAGAUGGUGGUUGUUAAAGAAGAAGCUCUUGUAGACCACAGACCGAACACCGACCUUCAUGACCCAGAGCCCGACCAUAUUAAAGAGGAACGAGAAGAAGUCUGCGUCAGUCUUGGGGGAGAGCAGCUCAAUGGGAAGGAGGAGACUGAUGCCACCGGGUUUCCAGUAACUGCCAUUCUCUUAAAGAGGGUGGAUGAUGACCAGUCUAUUCUGCCCUACCUGCUUUAUCCCAACCAAAUUAGAGUCACAGAGCUUCCAGCGGAAAACGAUGGAGAAGAAUCCACCAGGAUUCAAGAAUGUGCAGAUGGUAACAUUUACUUGAAGACUGAAAACACUGAGAAGGACAAAGAGGAGGAGGAUGUAGAGAACCAUGUUCUGAAAGACUUCUUAGACUCAGAACUGAAAACCAAGGAUACAGAGAAUGACUGGAGGGACAGCAGAGUUCCUGAGUCAGAUGGAGACAUCAACAAUACUUUUAGCUCCUCUGAGUUUGCUGAACGAUUUGUUCACCUUCGCUUACUUCAACAAGACUCAAUCAUUUCAAAAAUGGGGUCAUCAAACUCACAUGAUGAUAAAGGUUUUACAGAGAAUAAAAGUGUGAACUUGCAAAGAAAAGUCAAGGGAGGAGUGAAGUUUGCCUGUGAAGACUGUGGUAAAACAUUUAUAUUAAAAUACAGUUUAAACAGGCAUAAGAAAAUCCACACAGGAGAUAAACCUUACUGCUGUGAUCUGUGUGAUAAGAGAUAUAGCCGAAAAGAACAUUUGAAAAUACACAUGAGAAUCCAUUCUGGAGAGAAACCAUUUUGUUGUGAUCUUUGUGGACAAAGCUUCAGCGAAAAAGGCAGUUUGAACAUACACAUGACCAUCCACACAGGACAAAAACCUUUCAGUUGUGACCAGUGUGGGCAAAGAUUUAGCCAAAAAUCUAAUUUAAACACACACAAAAGAAUCCACACUGGACAGAAACCUUUUUGUUGUGAUUUAUGUGGACAAAGGUUUAGCCAAAAAGCGACAUUGGACAGACAUGUAAGAAGCCACACAGGACAGAAACCUUUCUCUUGUGAUCUGUGUGGAAAAAAAUUUGGUCAUAAAGAAAGUCUAAACAUGCAUAUGAGAUUUCACACUGGACAGAAACCCUUCUGUUGCGAUCUCUGUGGAGAAAGAUUUACCCAAAAGGAACAGUUAAACACACAUGUGAGAAUCCACACAGGGCAGAAACCCUUUUGUUGUGACGUUUGCGGUCAAAGAUUUACCCAAAAUGAAAACUUAAUCACACACAUAAGAAUCCACACAGGACAGAAACCUUUCUGUUGUGAUGUAUGUGGGCAAAAAUUUCGAGCUAAAACAAAUUUAAACACGCACAUGAGAAUCCACACUGGACAGAAACCUUUCAGUUGUGAUAUAUGUGGACACAGAUCUAGUGUAAAAACCAAUUUAAAGAUACAUAUGAGAAUCCACACCAGAGAGAAACCGUUUUGCUGUGACGUAUGUGGACAAAGGUUCAGUGUUAAUACAACUUUAAAACGACACAUGAGAAUCCAUACAGGAUAUAAACCUUUCUGUUGUGAUCUGUGUGGACAAAGUUUUGGUUAUAAAUCUACUUUAAACACACACAUGCGAAUCCACACUGUACAGAAACCUUUUGCUUGUGAUCAGUGUGGACACAAUUUUAACGAAAAAGCGAACUUAAACAGACACAUGAAAAUCCACACUGGCCAGAAAAUGUGUUAAGCAAGGUUAUUUAUUUUUUGUGGUAUCAUUAUAUGUCUUCACUUUCUAGUGAUUAUUUUCUUUGGUUUUAAAACAUUUUCAAUUAUACUUUUAAGUCAUAGUUCGCAGACAUCAUUUAGUUUUGCUCCAACUAGGUUUAAAUAAUUUAUUUUAUGUUUUGAAUGAAGUCUGUCUAUGUAAUCAGAUGUUGAAGUUUUUAUUUCUGUAUAUAAACGGGAGCUGUUUGUCUUGUAAAGUGCAUCUGGUCGAACUUAAUGUUAUAAGGUAUAACUAAAAUGACUAUAAUUGAGUUUAUGUUUAACAUAGACUAUAUUUAAUUGCUUUGAGAAUUUGCCAAUUUAUUUGUAUAUUGUUAUACAUCUUUGCUUUAUUCUGCUAUUGAUAUAACUGUUCAUUAAACUACAGAGAAAAAAAUCCUCAUAAUAAAAUAAGGUUUGUUGUAUGU